AAUUGUACAUAAACCCAACAUCUCAACAAAGAACGAAGACUCAAGAAUAAGUGAACAUCUGUAUUUUGUUCAAUUGAUAGCUCAUUUCUUGAAGUUUAUUGUGUUUUAUAAUUUCAUUCAUGGAUCUUUGCGCUUUAUUUGAAAAUUGAAUUAAUAAGCAUAAAAUAACAAGAGUGUAGUCAGUCUGGUGAAAACAAUAUGAACUCCAUAAUGAAACUGAUGCCUAAGUGGGGAGGAAGCCAUAUCAAAAAUCUUCAUCAAAAACUCAAAUAUAAUUGUGGUGGAAUUAAACUUUGAAAAGAGGUGAAAGGUUCACUUUUGCCUUAAAUCAUUGACAUGAAAUGAAAAGUGAUCCGAGUGCUUAUUUUUACUGUGUUUUGUGGGAAAGUGUGCUGGGAAUGUGGAUCUAUUGUGCACAAAGGAUGUUGGCUUUAUGCUGGAACCACUGGGCAGGUUGAGUUGAGAAACAAUUAGCUCAGUCAGCAAGCCUUUGAAUCUGAUUAAGCCAGGAAGUGGUCAUUCCCCUCCCCAGGACCGGGCAGAAUGAAGGGACUCAAGGCAUCAACUCCAAAACCAGUAAUAGAAUUUACUGUGUGUAAUUUAUGUCAAGGAUUAUGUUAUUACAUUUUCGCCUUUGGUGAAACAAGAACAAUCAUGUCUCCAAGUAGAUCAACAGUCCACGUGUGUCAUGGCUACUGUUUCUAAGAAACUUCUGUUUAUUGAGGCCCGUCAUAACCUCAUGUUUUGGCAACAAACAUCUUUGAGAGGCAGGACCUAAGUCAUAGAGAAAAAUGAAGGUCUUAUAUCGAACUGCUGGACAGCUUUUCAUUACUCUGGGGAGUUUAAGUGUAGUUUCUGGAGUUAUUGCUUUCUUCCCUGUCUUUUCUUACAAGUUUUGGUUCACCGGAUGGAGUAUACGGAUCGCUUGUCCCAUCUGGAAUGGAGCUUUGGCCAUCACGGCUGGUGUGCUUCUACUGUUGUCUUACAAACAGUGGACACAGCGAUACCUGUGGGAAGUUUGUUUCACCUUUGUGAUUCUGAGCAUUCUUGGAUGUCCACUUCAUUUUGCAGUAGCCUUGGAAUCCGCUCUUCUUGGCCCCUAUUGCUUCUACUCAUUUUCAGGAAUCGCAGGGACCAAUUACCUUGGUUAUGCAGUUGCCUUUCCUUUUCCGUACACAAGAUUCCCAUCCGUUUGUGUGGACCCACUCCACUAUGAAGAGUACCACCUGACACUUCAAGCCAUUGACUUGUGCCUGAGCUUGGCUCUGUUCUGUGUGUCUCUGACAGUGUUCAUCAGGAUUUCUGCAAGACUAAUCCAGAAUGGACACAUCAUUGGAUUAAACCCAGCAUCUUGUACACGCAAGGCAAGAGCUCUACCACUGAACUGAGCCACAUCCCCAGGCCAAAGAAACCUUGUGCCGGCUGGAAAUAGAGCCUAGGUCAACAUUGUGGAAGGUAGCUAUGCUCACCACUAUACCACCAAUGCAGACUGCUUCAUUUUAUCUGAUUAAAUUUUACACUAUAAAAUUGCAUUAAUUGAGACAAAUAUUAAGAGUAUUUUGUGGAAAUUGACAUGGCAGCAUCCUUCAUGUUUUUAAUAUUAGUUAGAUGCAGACAGCUUAAUUUAGUUUUUAAUCCCAUGAUUUUCAGAACGUACACAUGUUCCAUGACUAGACAGUGGGAGAAUGUACACAUGCUCCACUGUUUCUAUUGUACCCCAACAGAGAGGCUCAUAUAUUCCAACAUCAAGUUAAGCUUUCUAGCUCCUUCCAGAGGGCUAACAUUAAUACUGAGAUGAUGCUAAUGCCGAGCGGAAGUACUGAGCUCGGGGAUGAAAAGUGAUGGUGCUGACCUUUAAUCUCAGUGAAAGAAGUUGAAGGGUGCCAGCCUGGGCAAUGUAGGGAGAUGCAGUCUCAAAAUUAAAUAAAAAAGAGAUGGGGAUGUAAGUAAAUGGCAGAGUUUUGUCUAGCAUGAGCCAGGCUCUGAGUUCAAUUCCCAGGACCAUAAAAUAACAACAACAGAAUACUUACUAUGUGUCAGUGUACUUACACACUUUCCUGAGGCUAAAAAUUUCAUGUAACUUUCCCAAAGUCACACAGCUAAUAAAUAGUGGGGCCAAAUCGAGAACUUAGAAUUUGCUCUCUGAUUGGGCCAGGUUCAUCUUGACCCUCCCAUCAUCUACCUCGCAGCUCCUGCCCUCUGUAAUGGCCCGCAGGAAUAUUAAAGCAGGGUUUCUGGUGGAAGAGUACAGGGACCUCUGACUUCAAAUUCUUAAGGUUGUUGCUAACGCUUAUCGUUUUGUGGGAUGAUCAGCCUUCUUCAGAAAGAAGUAACUCCCACUGCACUCUCGUGCUGGCCUUAGGAUUCCGGUUAGUAUCAUAAAUUUGGAUAAUGUUAGCCAGUUUGUUUUUCUUCUAGGUUGAUUCUGUCUGCCCCAAACGGCAAAGCUGGAAUACAAGAACUUGGCAUUCUUGAUGCCUUUUGUGGUCAUUUCUGUCCUCUUAAAUGUCUACAUAAGUCUGCAAAGGAAAUCCUGUACAUUCUUAAGAAUAGAGUUGAUUUUUAAAGGAGGCUUGCCAAGAGUUGAGACAAGCAAACCACAGUUACCUCCCCCACUGUACUGCUAGUGCAUCUGGAAGUUUAAUAUUGAGAUUUCUUCUUGUGGUGGGCAUCCCGCAUUCUCUGCACCACUUUUUGAAAGGAAUGUGUGCCUAGGUGAACCAGUCCACUCCCCAGCAUGGGGAAGUUCAUUAGACAUCUACCUGUCACCUUAUGCAUGACACUCCUGACAUCUAGUUAUAGCAUGUAAUGGGGAACAAGGGAGAAAACAUGAGUGAAAAUGAAUUGAGACCAGAGACAACCUGAGGUUAGAGGCGAAGUUCUCCAACUUUAAAGUCUCGCCUUUGCUCAUGUUGAUUAGGAUACAGGUUCUUGAUGUGUGACUUCUCAGCCAGGUACUGGCUCCAGCACAACUGUAAUGCAUAUUUUGAAGCUGGAAAUGAUAUCAGAACCACCCAGGAUUCUUGUUAAAUUAGAUUCCUGAGUCUCAGCUGAUCCUCCUACGGCAGAACACCUGGGUUUGGAGGUGCAGUAUUGCCUAAUGCAACUCCAAAAAAUUCUAAUAGCCAUGAAAAUUUAAGAGUCAGAAUUUUGCUCUAUUGCUUUAAAGAUGCUCUUCCUAGCCUACAUCUCUUAGCCUACAUACCUUCCGAAUGGGCUCAAUUUCCCCAUCUACAUAGAAUUAGGCACUGAUUUGUGUAGAAGUUUUAGAUCAACUGGAUAAGCAGUAUUUUGUUCAGUAUUUUGGGGUGACUUGGCAUUGUUUAAUCCACAAUGGUAGCAGGUCACGUCUCAUCAGCAAGGAUGAGUGGCUGAUAUAAUAGGACACGAGGCUCUAUAUUAAUAAAUACUACCUUGCCUGAGGCAUGAGGUGCACAGGGAGCCUAAGAAACCAGCACACAGAACCCUCAGCUGUAUUUCAGCACAGCCUCCAAUGGUGGUUUUUUUUCCCCUACAGUGUUUUAAAUGUAUUAAUAAAUGAAUUAUUUAUCAAAAUGGCAGAAACACACAACUCUCUUAGGAAAAAACAUUAAUCUAUCCAGAUACAGAAUUCUGCAAAUUGUUUGUACCUGUAAUUAACUCAUAUUCAGUAGUGUUGUUAGAUUCUCCAUGCACUGAAAGUGAUAAGCACUACUUUUCAAAAUUUCACUUAAAUUAUAACAAAUAUUAAAGGAGGCCACGAGUCCACACCUCUCUGUUUUAUAAACGAAACACUUACAAUGCUUUAAAAAUUGCAUUUUUAAGUGUCACUCUGAAAAUGAAUGUUUUUUAAAAAACAAUGGGCACCAACAAACCUGAGUCAUAGGAGUCUGAGUUUAUAGAAAAAAAAAAAGAAAGAAAAACAUGAUAGUCUAAGGAAAACUUGGGAAAAUAAUUACUUUGAUAUUGUAUUGAAAUAAAUUAUAAAGCAGAGUCAAUUUUAAAAGAUUCAUUUUUUAAAAGAUAUUGUGAUAGAAAAUGAUCACUUCUAAGAGGUUUUUCUCCCUAUAAACUCAAAAUAUGUUUUCAGAAAUGAAUCGAGAACCCCCUAAAGGAAUCGCCACAUCUAUGAUUUCUUUCCUCCUCAUGCUUUAAUAAAAUUACAGUCAUCUUGUUAAAGGUCACACA